AUGAUACCUACACUUGGACCCUUAGAAAAAUGUGGCACCUUCACUGUUAAAUCUUUUUAUAAAUUUCUCAUUGAUGGUGGAACUCGCAGCCCCUUAUACCCACUUUUCUGGAAGAUCCGUUGCCCCAGCAAAAUCACUCUCUUAUCCUGGCUGGCUGGCGAAGACAAAAUCCUCACUUUAUCCAACAUCUUCAAGAAGGGUUGCAAUUUUCAACACUCCACUGAUACCUGUGUCCUCUGUCACAAUUCCUCAGAGACGCUCCAACACCUCUUCAUUGACUGUGAAUUUUCUAAACGCAUCUGGGCAUUCUUCUAUCACUCCUUAGACUCAUCUUCCCUCCCACAAUCCAUUCCCUACUUAUGGACUUCCUGGAUCCCGUCCCUCGCUCCUCAAUCUCAACCUCUCUGGGACCUUGUCUCCCGUGCAAUCUUGUGGAACAUUUGGCUUGAAAGGAAUUCUCGUAUCUUUCAACUUCUUGCGUUGCCUCAGUUAAGCACUAUCUUUAAAACUGUUAAUAUGCUUCUUUCUUGGUUCCCGACAGUUGCAGAUAGACAUCAACAAUCUCUUACUGAAGCUUCUCAAAAAUCAAGCGUUCUCUAG